AUGCUCAACAUUGCCCUUUUGGCCCUCCUCCCCGCCCUGGUCUCUGCGGCCCCGCUUAUAGGCAUCGUCACCGCGGACUCUUUCCCACCCCCCAACACGCUUCCCAACACUGCCCUCUUCCCCGACGCGACCGUCGUCGGCUUCCCGGGCCCCACGAAGACUGGCGCCGAGCCGCUGGCCUUUGUCACCGGUCCAGCCAGUCAGUUCCCCAAGGUUCAGGACUCCUUUGGCCCCAUCUUCCUUCCCGAGGCCAAGGGCAAGUCGUCCGGUUUCUCGCCCAUCUUGUCGUGGGGCAAUCUCUCGCCCCGUUCCUCGCUGGAUGCGGACACGUUUGGUCUGGGCAAGGCGACCCCCGUCGUGCCGGAACAGUGCACGCUGGACGCUGUGCAUCUGCUCUUCCGCCACGGCGCACGCUACCCCUCGUCCAGCGAGGACGUCUUUGCGUUUGGAACGCGCCUCAACAACGCAUCGCUGGCUGGUGAGGUUACAGCCAGUGGCGACCUCUCGUUCCUGAAUGACUGGACGUUGAAGCUCGGAGCCCGCAUGGCGUACGGCCACCUCCUGAACGACUUCACCGAAAAGGGCACUCUUCCUGUCUUUCGCACAGGUAGCAUGGACCGCAUGGUGGAGACCCUUGAGGCCUUCGGUCAAGGGUUCUUCGGCCGUAACUCAGAGAAUCAGUAUAGCGCUUCCAUUGCGAUUGAGAGUGCGGGUUACAAUGCGACGGUUUACCCCAGCGGGGAUUGCGCCAACGCGGCGCGAGACUAUGUCGGGGGCGGACUUGCCAUGACCACGUUUAUCAACAAGGCAAUGGCAGCCACCGCUAAGCGCCUUCAGAAAGAUCUCAAGGGGUACACCUUCACCCCGACCGACGUCUAUGCAAUGCUCAGCCUUUUCGAGAACCUUGCCUAUGUCAUCGACCUCGAGUUCUACUACCUGACGGGUCCCGGUGCCCAGACGGCGGCUGCCCAGGGCAAGGGCUGGGUGGAGGAGUUCCUCGCGCGCCUGACCCACACCCCGAUCGCAAAGUGGAACUCAAACACCAACUCGACGCUUGAUGGCAACACUGAGACAUUCCCGGUUAACCAGACCAUCUACGCCGACGCUUCGCCCCCCUCGAAGCGCUCCUACAAGACGUCCAAGCUUGUGCCGUUCAACACCAACUUUGUCGCCCAGAUCAUGACGUGCCAGGGCUCGAGCGCACCCCAGAUCCGCUUCAUCCUAAGUCCGAGCACCCUCACUGCCCGGGCUGUGUCUAGUGGAUCUGACACUACAGUAGACAUGGCAGUUUCUUGGCUCAAUGGGACCAGAGAUCAAAGUUUCUCACUCUGGCACGAAGGAGGCCCUUUAUUGCAAUGCUCAACUUCAGGCAUGCCUUGCACUCGACAUCGUGUCUUCCUCGCCACCCUUAUCGUUGCCGCCAAGUACCUGAACAACUCUUCACCCAAGAACAAGCACUGGUGCGACUAUGUGCAGAUGUUCUCCCAGGUGGAGAUCAACCUCAUGGAGAAGCAGCUGCUUUUCCUUAUUGACUACAACAUGUCGAUCACCGAGGAGGACGUCGUCACGUACGCUCAACCUUUCGUUGAGCAGUACGGCUUCGACACUCCUCCCCUCUCUGACGCUGGCGUCUCGCCACAGUUGUCCGCCCAGACCCUCACAGUCACCCCACGUUUUCUAUCGGGCGCUGUCGUCCUCCCCUCGUCCCCCAACUCCUUCAAGGUCAACAACAUCCCGAUUCCACCAACACGGGACCGGAGCGUGUCGACUUCGUCCCUUGGCUCAGACCGCUCUUUUACGCCGCGCUUACCAUCGUCGUCACCAUUACAAGACCUGGACGACGGAGGGCAGAAAGCCCUUGUUUCCAAGCUCGCCCUUGCCCACGCAUAUGACACCAUGUUUGCUUGCACUGAACGGGUACACAUCGCCGACUCGGACUUGCGACCCCGCGAAUGCUCAAUGCCCGCAAAGGACCGCCCAGCAGAUGGUCGAGAGUCACUCCUUAACCUUCUCACGUUUCCCCCCUCACUUUCAAGAGACUUCGAAGCGUUUCGCGACUCCCGACCCCCUCGAACCCCCUCCCCCGCCCCUGCCCACCAGCGCAACGCCUUUGAGCCCAUGCUUUGCCCCGAGGAUCCACUUCAGCUGGACGGCUACACUGUCGUCAAGGACACCAAGAGGGAGUCAACAUCGCAACGCGAGCUGUCUGCGACCUGCCUCGCUUCCAUCGUCAUGGUGCCGGCUGGCAAAACCGUGACGUUGGCUACAGGCUAG